AUGGAGGACCCCGUGACGCUCGUCGUGAUGCUCCUCGUCCUCGCGCUCACCUUCCUCGUCUUCAGCAAGUCGCAAGUAGAGCCGACUGCGCCGACGGCUACUGGCAAUGGGCUACUGGGCCGUCAAGCCGUGGCCCCUCCGGCGUCGGCCCGCGCCGGCCACUGCAAAAUUGUGGACACAACCAAGCUCUCCGCCGUCGGCAAGGCCAUGCACGCCAACUUGCCGCAGCGCCAAGGCGUCCGCUCGAUCUGCAUCUCGGGCAACGCACUUGUGAAGUUCGAUGGCGCCACCAUGACCCUCGCGCCCGAGGUCGUCGCGAGUCUCGUCGACGUCAUCUCGACGGGCGACGUCUUUAUCAUCUUUCUCGUCACCGACGAAGCCGCCAAGGCCAAGACCGGUCUCCCACCCCACCGGAUUCUGUGCUGCACGACCGUCAUCGGCAAGAUUGCGCUCAUCCGACAGAUUGAGCCGCUUUUGCUCGUCGAAGAGCUUCGCGAGGUAGCGACCAAGCUACGUCCGUUUGUGACCAAGGUCGUCUACCUGCUUGGCGCCACGGGCGACGUCUUGCCGCCUUUGCCCAACAAGGACAACGUCGAGUACUACGCCGACUGGUCUGCGUUCACGAGCACCUUUACUGCUUAA